UCCAUCUUCCAUUCAUUUCAUUUCUCUUCCUUCCGUUUCCCUCCAUCUCACGCGGUUCAUGGGCGCCCCGCUCCAUUUGGAAAGAUCCGAAAAAGGAGGUGAAAUCAAAAGUAAGUUUAAGAGAGAUGGCUGAAUUUGAUUUUGAUGACGGUAUGUACGAAUCCUCCGAUCUUCUGCCAGACGAGAAUGGCUUCCCGCCUUAACAACAAGAUGAAGAAGAAGAGAAAGCAGAGAGCUUUGCUGCUGAUUUUUAUCAAUGCGGAAGCGACUCGUCAUGUUUGUUGCAAACGAAAAGAAACUUGAAACAAGCUAAUUUGUUUCAGAUGUGGGGGUUAAAGUCAAAAUCAGAAUCAGAAGCCAAUGGCUCCGUUUCACCUCCUAAUAAGAAGCUCAAGACUGCAACAAAAUCCAAAAGUACCCAUAUGAAGAACAGGCCUCAACGCCCUUGCCCUUUUUAUAAAAAGAUUCCUGGAACACCCUUCACUGUUGAUGCAUUUCGUUAUGGUGGAAUUGAAGGUUUUUCUGCUUAUUUUCUUACUCAUUUUCACUAUGAUCACUAUGGUGGUUUAAGCAAAGGAUGGUCACAUGGACCUAUUUAUUGCAGUCCUCUCACUGCUCGCCUUGUUAAGAUGUGUCUCUCUGUCAAUUCUUUGUAUAUUAACUCUUUAGAACUGAAUGCCGAAUAUGUUAUUGAAGGAGUCAAAGUGAGAUUGCUAGAGGCUAAUCACUGCCCCGGUGCAGCUCUCAUUCAUUUUCGUCUCCCAGAUGGACAAUGCUAUUUGCACACUGGUGAUUUCAGGGCAUGUAAACUGAUGCAAACUUACCCUCUGCUUGUAAACCAUCGAGUUAAUGUGCUUUACUUGGAUACUACAUAUUGCAACCCAAAAUACAAGUUUCCAUCAAAAGAAGACGUAUUAAAUUAUGUUGUUAAAGUUACUAAAAACUUCCUUAGGAAACAACCCAAAACACUUGUUGUUGUUGGUGCGUAUAGCAUUGGGAAAGAAUGUGUUUUUCUUGCUAUUUCAAAGGCAUUAGGGGUUAAAAUAUAUGCAAAUGCUUCACGGAGGAGGGUUCUGCAGUCCUUUGAUUGGCAUGAGCUCUCUGGGAGUCUCUGUACACAGGGAAAUGACACACUUCUUCAUGUGCUCCCUAUAUCAGCACUGCGAUUUGAGACCCUGAAGGAUUACUUGAAGAGCUACACAAAUCAGUAUGCAGCAGUACUGGCAUUUCGGCCAACAGGUUGGACUUACUCUGAGAGUAUGGGAAACCAACUCAGUUUCAUUAAACCUAGUUCCAGAGGCAAUAUCACAAUCUAUGGGGUUCCAUAUAGUGAGCACUCAAGUUUCACAGAGCUGCGAGAGUUUGUUCAGUUCUUGAGGCCCGACAAGAUAAUUCCAACUGUCAAUGUUUGGAAUGCUGCUAAUCGAGACAAGAUGCAAUCCUAUUUCCGAGAAUGGCUUAAAGGUUAAAUUCUAGCAGAAGUUGAUAAUUUUGUGGAUCUCCCUCUCAGGGAUUGGCAAAUGUAGAACACUGUUAUUGCUCUCAGAAGUCAAAAUUCAUGAACAAAGGAA